AUGGUGGAUGCGAUUGUUACCGGAGACAUGGCUUGUCUGGAUGCAGAUUUGUUGCAGCUACAAGAGAUGUCUUCCUUUGUGCUUAACUCAAAGCCCGGAUUCACACAGAAGCUCUUCGACCAAUGGCUUUCUCUUCCCGAAGCUCAUCGUCAGAUUGCAUCAUUGCUUCAUGAUGCCAUGGCUGGAGCUCAGAUUAAUGUUCCUGGAAGUGCAUCUGCUUCAAGUUCCGCCACCGUCAAUUCUUUACCAUCCAUGUUUACUGCGGGAACUGCUCCUCCCCUUUCACCAAGGAGUUGUGGUUCACCUCGUACCACGAAACACAGACCUGGCCCUUCUAACUUAGGUUCUUCGCUAAGAGUAACCAGUGAACCUGUUAAAGACCCAAUGCCUCAGUUUUAUUUUCACAAUGGUCGCCCACCACCGAGCGAGAUAAAAGAGCAAUGUAUGUUUAGAAUCAACCAUUUUUUCUAUGGUCACAUGGAUGGACUGCAGAUACAAGAGUUCAAAUUAGUCACCCGAGAAAUCUGCAAGCUCCCAUCUUUCUUCUCCACUUCACUUUUCAGGAAGAUUGAUGUCAAUAAUACAGGUUUUGUUACUAGAGAAGCAUUUAUUGAUUAUUGGGUAAACGGGAACAUGUUGAUAAUGGAUACAACAACCCAAAUCUUUAAGAUACUAAAGCAGCAAAAUCAGAAUUUCAUUGCUAAGGAUGAUUUCAAACCACUACUUAAAGAACUGUUGGCCACACAUCCGGGACUAGAGUUCCUGCAAACCACACCUGAAUUCCAAGAAAGAUAUGCUGAAACUGUCACCUACAGAAUAUUUUACUACAUAAAUAGAUCUGGAAAUGGUCGACUCACAUUUAGGGAGCUUAGACGGGGAAACUUAAUUGAUGCAAUGCUCCAUGCUGACGAAGAAGAAGAUAUCAACAAAGUGUUGAGGUACUUCUCAUAUGAGCAUUUCUAUGUCAUAUACUGCAAGUUCUGGGAGCUGGAUACGGAUCACGAUUUCUUGAUUGACAAAGAAAAUCUUAUGAGAUAUGGAAACCAUGCUCUUACUUACCGGAUUGUCGACAGAAUAUUCUCCCAGGUUGCUCGGAAGUUUACUAGCAAAGUUGAAGGGAAAAUGGGGUACGAGGAUUUUGUCUAUUUCAUACUUGCAGAAGAAGAUAAAUCGUCAGAGCCUAGCCUUGAAUAUUGGUUUAAGUGCAUAGACUUGGAUUCAAAUGGGAUUCUUACUCGAAAUGAGAUGCAAUUCUAUUAUGAGGAGCAGUUGCACCGAAUGGAGUGCAUGGCGCAAGAGGCUGUUCUUUUUGAGGAUAUAUUAUGUCAGAUAAUUGAUAUGAUCGGACCAGAGAAUGAAAGCCACAUAACACUACAAGACCUGAAGGGUUCCAAGCUCUCUGGAAACAUGUUCAACAUCCUUUUUAAUCUUAAUAAAUUUAUGGCAUUUGAAACACGGGAUCCGUUCCUAAUUCGCCAGGAACGGGAGAACCCUACAUUGACGGAGUGGGACCGUUUUGCGCAUAGAGAAUAUAUCAGGCUAUCAAUGGAAGAAGAUGUUGAUGAUGCGUCGAAUGGAAGUGCUGAAGUUUGGGAUGAGUCAGUGGAGGCACCCUUCUAG